UUGUCAUGCAAGGGAGGGCUGUGGGGGGAGGCUGUGACAUAUAUAAGACCACAGCAGCCAGUAGAGUUUUCCUUCAGGUUCAGGUCAGCAAGCUGGUCAGGUGAAUUCAUUAACACUUUCUAAACCUGCUACUCUUCAGACUGAAGAAUGAGGGAAUACAGCUUGAGCAACAUUACAGACGUAAUGUUUAAAAACUCUUCUGCCAGUGACCAGCAUACAAACACUGAAUUGGAGAACAGUCACGACAGUCCUGUUGAUGCAGAUGAGAACACUGACAGAGGAAAUUGGAGCAGUAAAAGAGAAUACCUCCUGUCUAUGAUUGGAUAUGCAGUAGGUCUUGGCAAUGUAUGGAGAUUUCCCUACUUGGCAUACAAACAUGGAGGAGGGGCUUUCCUCAUUCCUUACACUAUCAUGUUGGCUGUUGCUGGCGUUCCUCUAUUCUUCAUGGAAAGCUCACUUGGACAGUUCUGCAGCCAAGGCCCUAUUAAUGUAUGGAAAGCUGUGCCUAUAUUACAAGGUGUUGGGAUCGCAAUGAUGGUGGUCACCACUUUUUUGGCAAUCUACUAUAAUGUCAUUAUUGCAUACAGUAUUUACUACCUUUUUGCAUCUUUUCAAAAUCCUCUUCCCUGGAGUGGAUCUUCGGACAUGAGCUGCAAUGGAACGGAAAUAGGAUGUUGUAAUACAACUGCUCACGAUAGCAUUGUUUCACUGAAUAUGACUGCUGUAAAUCAAACAUGCCAAGGUGGCUUUUUGCCAGGACAGAGCCCGAGUGAAAAAUACUGGGAUGAAGUGGCUCUUCAGCGCACAAGCAGUAUGGAUGAGACGGGUCCAGUCGUCUGGCACCUGGCCCUUUGUCUCCUGCUUGCAUGGAUAUUGGUCGGCGCGGCUCUUUUCAAAGGCAUCAAGUCCUCUGGGAAGGUGGUGUAUUUUACAGCUACAUUCCCUUACAUCGUCCUUUUGAUUCUGCUCAUUCGUGGUGUAACUCUGGAGGGAGCGAGAGAUGGAAUCGAGUAUUACAUUGGUUCCUAUUCCAAUCUCACUAAACUGGCCGAGGCUGAGGUUUGGAAAGACGCAGCUACUCAGAUAUUCUUUUCUCUCUCCAUUGCCUCGGGCGGUUUGAUGACUCUAUCAUCGUACAAUAAAUUUUACAACAACUGCUACAAGGACUCUAUAACAGUGUGUGUUGUAAACUGUAGCACAAGUGUCUUUGCUGGAUUUGUAAUCUUCUCCAUCCUUGGACACAUGGCAAACAUCUAUAAGAGACCAGUAUCAGAAGUGGCAGCUGCUGGCUUCGGAUUGGCUUUCAUUGCAUAUCCUGAUGCUCUCUCAAAGCUGCCUAUAUCACCCCUGUGGUCAAUCCUUUUCUUCUUUAUGCUUAUAACUCUUGGCUUGGACUCUCAGUUUGCAUCGAUAGAGGUGAUCACUACCUGCCUCCAGGAUGCCUAUCCCAAAGUCCUCAAGUCCAGACGGGGUCUCAUCACCACAAUAGUCUGCAUUGUUCUUUUUCUGCUCGGCCUACCGUGCGUCACAGGAGCAGGAAUAUACUGGGUAAAUUUAAUAGACACAGUUUGCGCUGGAUGGAUUCUCCUGGUUGCAGGGUUGCUGGAGAUCGUAGGUUUAUCCUUUUUAUACGGCACCAAUCGCUACAUUAAGGACAUUGAGAUGAUGAUUGGGACCAAGAGCGCCCUCUUCUGGUUUUGGUGGAGAGCUUGCUGGUAUUUUAUCACCCCAGUGGUUUUAAUUAUUAUUCUUGGAUGGUCCCUAUAUACUUUUUCGCCCCCAACAUAUGGCACAGUUACAUAUCCACAAUGGGGCAUUUCACUGGGCUGGUGCAUGACUGCAUUUAGCCUCAUAUGGAUACCCAUAGUGGCUGUCUGGAAAGUGUAUAAAGCUGGCGGACACCCCUGGCAGCGUGUCAAAUCAGCCUGCUCACCCACAGAAGAUUGGGGUCCAUACUUGGAGCAUCACAGAGGGGAGCGCUAUGGUGCAAAGGAUGUGCCUGAUGCAAACAUAUUUGUGAUUUCAAAUAAUUGUGAUACUAAGUUAUAAAAACAUUUAAGCAAGUUAUACUUUCAAAAUGGAUUAUAUAACUUGUUGGUAUGGAUUUUUAGAACUUUUUUUACAAAGAGUUAGGAAGUUUAUAUUUUUCCUGCACUCGCAGCAAUAUUAGCAGGUUUGCAAAAAUUAGCAUAACAAUUAAAUAUUUAAUAUUUAUAGUUUUCUUGUUUUUAAAUGAUUGACAUGACUGAUUUUUUUAAUUGUUUCGCAAAUGUUUUCCAUGUUUACAGUUAUAUUUUUGGUGCUCUUAUUGAGUGGUACUAUGUUCUUCAUAUCAAAAUCAAAAUUUACUUUCUAUGUGCAAUAUUUAUUUUAAAUUAGAGCUAAAGUAGAAUCGGUUAAAAUAUAACAGUACUCAAAUUUCAGAUACUUGCCUAAAAAUAUUUUAGACCUGCACCAUGAGUAAAUGGCAUCAUUACAGAGCCAGUGUCACAAUGCUGGAUGUACAGUAUGCGCCCUGGUUGCAAUAGCAGAAUUAUUUUUUGCUGAUGGUAGACUGCUGGCUAACAGUGCAAAAAACAUUUAUUAUUUGCUGCUUUUUUGCUGUUUACAUCAGAUUGACGUGUAGAAGGUUUCUGACAGGAACAACUGUUGCAAGCUUGUGUUGUAAAAGACAAUGUGAGAAAGUAACUAUGAAACAUGCAAACAGAAGGUACUUGUGGAGUAAUGUAGAGCACAUGUAUUAUUUUAAAGAACAUAAUGUUAUUUAAAAUAACUUAUGAAAAUCACAUUUACAGGCAUAUUUUGUAUAUAGAAAUGUAUAUGUUCAGAAAACAUUUUUUGUUUUCUUCUAUAAAUGUUCAUUUCUUUAAAAUGGCAACACAGAGGCCUUGAAUUUGAUUUUUAAAGAAUACACAAAUUUAAACAUGUAACUUAAAUAUAAUGGUUAUGGACAAAUACAAACAGUUUGUGUAAAUAAAUAAUAUCUACCAUUAGUUGUGGAACAUAUUCUUUUUGUUCUUAUUAGAACUUGUCAUCCCCAAACCUCUUUUCAGUGUGCUUUUUGUCAGUUUCACAAAAGAGUUAAUUACGCAAAAAUUAUUAAAUCCUAAAUAUGUCAUUAUUAAUUUUA